GACUUCCUUUUAUCAUAGCACUGAUACCUUUUUGUGAAUCUGAAUGAUAGUUCCUACCUUUGGUCUAAUGAGGGUAUAGUUUGUAAUAUUUCAAAGACAAAAUUCUUCAAGCAGUCCUAAAGAUAAAAAGAAUUUAAAAUUAUUACUACAAUCUGCAUAUUGUUAUUUUAAAUAUUGAUGCUAAAGUCAGAUCUUUGGACCUGGAAAGGUUCUCAAGACAUCUUCUGGUUCAGUUCCCUGGUCCAAGGCAGCUAAAUUAUCCCAACUACUGUUUGAGAUAAGCCAAGGUCCACAGAGGUAAGGACUGAUGGAGGUAGAAGGGAAGAAGGAGGUUGUGUUGGUGAUUGGUAAAAGAAUUGACUGUUUAUUCAUUUAUUCAAUACCUGUUGUACUUCUACUAUGGGUCAAGCACUUUUUAGGCACUAGAGUCAGUAGUGAGCAAACAGAUAAAAAUCUCUGUCCAUUCUCAUGGAAGGAGAAAUAGAUAAACUAAAUAAGUAAAUACAUAUUUGUCAAAUAAUAAGUACUCUGCAGAAAUAUAGAUGGGAAAAGAAAGAUAGAGUUUACCAUGAUUGAACAGUUGGGAAAUGCAGUUUGAAAUGGGGUAGACAGGGAAGCUCUCAUUCCAUUUGAGCAGACUUGAAGAGGUGAGGGAAUGAACAAUGAAGAUUCUGGGGAAAAUGUUUCAGACAGAAGGAACUUCAAAUGAACAAGUCCUACGGCAGCAGAACACCCAGUAUGUUUGAGGAAAAGCAGGGAUGCCAGUGUGGCUGAAGUGGAGUGAAUGAGAUGGUAGAAGAUGUUGUUAGCCCAAAUAAAUCGAGAUUCUCAGGGAAUGACAGAGUUUCCUGGAGGAGGGAUGGAGGCUCAACAUGUUACCCUGUGCUUGACAGAGGCAGUUACUGUGGCAGAUGGUGACAACUUAGAAAAUAUGGAAGGUGUAAGCUUGCAAGCAGUAACACUUGCAGAUGGUUCUACUGCUUACAUACAACACAAUUCUAAAGACGGAAAACUCAUAGAUGGUCAGGUCAUUCAGUUGGAAGAUGGUUCCGCUGCCUAUGUUCAACAUGUACCCAUACCUAAAAGUACAGGGGACAGUUUGCGUCUAGAGGAUGGUCAAGCAGUGCAGUUAGAAGAUGGUACCACAGCGUUUAUUCACCAUACCUCCAAAGAUAGUUAUGACCAGAGUGCAUUACAGGCGGUUCAGCUGGAAGAUGGCACCACAGCUUAUAUCCACCACGCAGUGCAAGUCCCACAGUCUGACACCAUCUUGGCAAUUCAGGCAGAUGGGACAGUAGCAGGUCUGCACACUGGGGAUGCUACAAUUGACCCUGACACCAUCAGUGCUUUGGAACAGUAUGCAGCAAAGGUGUCCAUUGAUGGAAGUGAAAGUGUAACAGGUACUGGAAUGAUUGGAGAAAAUGAGCAAGAAAAAAAAAUGCAGAUUGUUUUACAAGGACAUGCAACAAGAGUAACUGCUAAAUCUCAACAGAGUGGAGAGAAGGCAUUUCGAUGUGAAUAUGAUGGAUGUGGAAAAUUAUAUACAACAGCUCAUCAUCUUAAGGUCCAUGAGAGGUCACACACAGGAGAUCGGCCUUAUCAGUGUGAGCAUGCAGGCUGUGGGAAGGCAUUUGCAACAGGUUAUGGAUUAAAAAGUCAUGUCAGAACUCAUACAGGAGAAAAGCCAUAUCGGUGUUCAGAAGAUAAUUGUACUAAAUCUUUCAAAACUUCAGGAGAUCUACAGAAACAUAUCAGAACUCAUACAGGAGAAAGGCCCUUUAAGUGUCCCUUUGAAGGCUGCGGUCGGUCGUUUACAACAUCAAAUAUCAGAAAAGUGCACGUUAGGACACACACAGGAGAAAGACCUUACUACUGCACAGAGCCAGGAUGUGGGAGGGCAUUUGCCAGUGCAACCAAUUAUAAAAACCAUGUGAGGAUACACACAGGGGAAAAGCCAUAUGUUUGUACAGUUCCUGGUUGUGACAAAAGGUUUACAGAAUAUUCCAGUCUGUACAAACAUCAUGUUGUCCACACUCAUUCUAAACCUUACAACUGUAACCACUGUGGGAAGACAUACAAGCAGAUCUCCACACUGGCCAUGCACAAACGGACAGCCCACAACGACACUGAGCCCAUCGAGGAAGAGCAGGAAGCCUUCUUUGAGCCGCCCCCAGGUCAAGGUGAAGAUGUUCUUAAAGGGUCCCAGAUUACAUAUGUUACGGGUGUAGAAGGGGACGACGUUGUUUCUACACAAGUAGCCACAGUAACUCAAUCUGGGCUAAGUCAACAAGUUACACUCAUAUCUCAAGAUGGGACUCAGCAUGUCAACAUAUCUCAAGCUGACAUGCAGGCCAUUGGCAACACCAUCACAAUGGUAACGCAGGAUGGCACGCCCAUCACAGUCCCUGCCCAUGAUGCAGUCAUUUCCUCAGCAGGAACACACUCUGUUGCUAUGGUUACUGCUGAGGGUACAGAAGGGCAACAGGUUGCAAUUGUAGCUCAAGAUUUGGCAGCAUUCCAUACUGCCUCAUCAGAAAUGGGGCACCAGCAGCAUAGCCAUCACUUAGUAACCACAGAAACCAGACCUCUGACCUUAGUAGCAACAUCCAAUGGCACCCAGAUUGCAGUUCAGCUUGGAGAACAGCCAUCUCUGGAAGAAGCCAUCAGAAUAGCGUCUAGAAUCCAACAAGGAGAAACACCAGGGUUGGAUGAUUAAUCCCCAGAACAAUGGAGCAAUAAAGCCAGGAGUCUUUUAUUUUCUGGCAACAGAAAUCCAUGAAGCCCGGGCCCAGGAAAAUUAGAAGUUUUCCAUUCCUGAUACACUGUACACAUUUUUAUGCAAGAGUGGAGAAGAUUUUAUUCUUGACACUUUUGUGUAUAUAACCCUUGGAAUAGAUUCUCAAAGUGAUUCAUGUGUACAAGGAAGUAUGAAAUUAGGGCAAUACAGUAAAUUUUCAUGUUACUCUUUUAUCAGAUCACAAACUCUUAGAGUCCACAUUCAAGAGUAGUAAAGUCUUAUGGGAGUCUUAUGAUGGAUUUUUAACUUCCCAUGAAAAAAAUAAAGGCUGUAUCUAAAAUAUCAAAGGGUCUAUAUGUCACACAAUCAUAAUUCCAAAAGCCAUUAUGGAUAAUAAAGGAUGUAAAGCCUUCAGAUAUUUCCCCAGUUAGUAGAGUGUCUGCGGAUUUUGUUCUAUAUAUUUGUCCAUUUUUAUUUGUAUCUUCUGGUUUGCAGACUUUGAAUAAUUUACAGUUUCCCCUCCUUGUUAAAAACCAGCUCUUCAAGCUGAAAUGCUAAUUAUAUUGGCAUUACAUUGGAUUAUGUAUAAGAUCAUAAAAUUUGGUUAUUUAAAAUUAAGAAGUUAAAUCCAGUGGUUUUGUUCAAAGAUUUUGCUUAGUAUUCAGUUUUUAUAACUGUUAAAAAAAAAAAAAUUAUCAAAGUUUAACCACAUGCUGGUGCCCGGGAUAACAGUGUUGUAAUUGGAAAUGGCUUUACUCUGAAAAUUAGGUUCGUGGGUUGGUGUAAAUUAUUUAUUUUUGCUUAUGUACUUUUGUUUUAAAUCUUACCCCAAAGUUUAUUAUUAAUUUUCAAUACAGCGAUUUUUAAAACGUUA